CUUAUGUCUGAUAAUAAAACAAACGCUCUAGACCCUUCAGCUAUUUUACACUCUACGUCUCAGAUAGCUUCAGGCUUUAAAAAUCCUUACGACGCUAUAGCUGGUGCUGUACACGCUAUUAUGCUUAGUGUCGGUUUCCGCUUUGCAGGACUGGGUGACGACGCACGUCAAGAGGGUGAUGGUACUAGAAAGGUCUUGCCAGAGAACUGGAACGAAAAUGGACUUCAUGUAUAUGCAUUUAGAUAUAGUCAUCCGCAGUCAAGUUUGACAUUUGUGGUCAAGACUCUAAAGCUCGGUGAUAAAUGUGUGAUUCUUGGCUUAGGCAUUGGGGAUAACAAGACAGCUAUGUUGGAUUUCUUAAUAGAAGACUAUACAUCAGCAUCAUUCUAUCCAUAUGAAUCAUCAUCUGACAAACCCUUGGUUCAUGGCUUUAUUUCGUCUAAUCGAUUUGAGGACUUUAUUAAAGCGUACAAACUCAAAAUCCUGCAAAAAUUAAUACCUGGGCUUCAAAAGCCUGGCUAUGAAGAACAAGAAGACAAUAGCAACAAUGCACCAUCUAGUGGUAGAUUUGAGCCUCAAAGACAACAACAAAGAUAUCCUUCAAGAGAUCAAGAAGAUAUUUAUGAUGUGGGUGGCUCUGAUCUGCGCCCACUUCCAGAUCAAGGAAUGCACAUGCCUGGGGGAGGAGGAGGCAUGUAUGUGGGACCUGAUCAUCCUAUAUUUGGAGGCAGAGGAGGAAGUAGUCUAGAUGAUCCCUCAGGUUUAUUUGGUGGACCACAACCAUUGCCUCGAGGAUCUGUCCCUCCUGGUGCUCGAUUUGAUCCUAUUGGGCCUUUUGGCGGUUUGCCUCGUAGACCUACUGGCGGUAACCGAGGAAGAGGAGGACCUCAUCGCAACUUUGCAGGAGAACCAGAUAAUGACGAAUUGCGUCCACCCGGAUAUGAUGAUAUGUUUAUGUAAAAAGAACAAAGCCUCAGUGUGUAAACAACUGCUAUUUUGCAAUAAAAUAAAAAUAAACAAUGUCGAUUUUUCGAACACGUA